AUGCCACUGGACUCGAUUAUGUUUAGUCAGUUAAAAGAGCUUAGGAAAAAGCGUGGUAUCGUCAAAGCGGCGCUUACGUGCAUGAAAACCUUUGUGGAGUCCUUUGACCCAUCAGUUGACGCAGUAUCCCUUUUAGAAUUUCGCCAAGAAGAGUUGCCGCGGCUCAAUCAAAAGUUCGACGAUAUACAUACUCAGAUCGAGCUGAUGGUUGACGAAGACGAGGAAAAGGAAGAGGAAGAGCGUAGUAAAUUCGAAGCUGACUAUUUCAGUGUUCGAUCUCGUAUACAGGAAAUGGUCAAUGCCGAAAAGAAUCUUAACGUCAGUGCGCAUAAUUCGACCCUUAAUAACAUGCCGCUAACUCAAUCACGGAUCCAAUUGCCGCCUAUAAGGAUGCCGGAGUUCAGCGGCAAUAUACAAGAUUGGGGGUCUUUUUUCGACUAUUUUCGUUGUAUGAUACACGAAGAAGACAGCUUUACUCAAGCCAGAAAUUCUAUUAUCUCAGGUCGUGCGUAACUGGUACGGCGCUAGACCUCAUUAGAGCAGUUCCCAUGACGGAUGCUAACUAUGACGUAGCAAUUGAUCGGCUCAAGCAGAGAUAUGAUAAUAGGAGUGUGGUAAUACAGUCACAUAUCCGAUCCUUGUUAAAGUCCCCACGCGUCGAGAAGGGGACUGCCGCCCAGCUUCAUCAGCUGCACUCACACGUGUGUAUGUACGUUGCCAGUCGAAAAGUAUUGGGUCAACCUGUUGAAGAGUAG